UGAAGGCAAGGAGCGCUGCUGGGCAUCAAUGCAGAGCUCACAGGGGAAGAUCGCAGAGGCAGCUCUCAGCUUUCCUGUCAACGCCAAGACUCUGGCUGUAUCCAGAUGCAUCCUGGGGAGGUCAAGGAACUGAGGAGUCGUGGGACAUCCACAAGGAGAUUCUCAAAGAUGUCUCAGAGCCAGUGGAGUUUCUGUACUGUUUGAUCACGUUCCAGUUCUUCCUUUACCUCAAUCUCUGUUGCUAUGGAGACUUCCAAUGGGACCGAGACCUGGUACAAGAGCCUCCAUGCUGUGCUGAAGGCUCUGAAUGCCACCCUCCACAGUCACUUGCUCUGCCGUCCUGGGCCAGGGCCAGGACCUGGGCCAGACAAUCAAACUGAAGAACGCCGAGCUAGCCUUCCUGGCCGUAAUGACAACUCCUACAUGUAUAUUCUCUUUGUCAUGUUCCUAUUUGCUGUCACUGUGGGCAGUCUCAUCCUGGGAUACACCCGUUCUCGCAAGGUGGACAAACGUAGUGACCCCUAUCACGUGUACAUCAAGAACCGUGUGUCUAUGAUCUGAUGUGAGUGCCCAAGAAUGACGGAAGAGUCUGCUGCCUGAGGAUUGUCUUCUUGGGGCCCCAGAACUCAACUCUGGACCCUCUCAAGCCUUAGUGUCUCUAUCUGUAUAAGAGCAACAAGAAAUUGGUAAGAGAGAUUGCCGUUGGGACCAGAAAGGAUAGGCUGGUAGUCCUGGCCUUGUGGAUAAGACAUUUUUUUCCCAGACAAAGAUAGGCAUUAUAUACUAGGAGCCCAUGAACAAAUACAUAGAAGUAUGGACUUCUAUACCGGUGAGUAGGCGAAGAGGAAG